UUUCACUAACCACAUCACUUUUUCCGGCACCUCUUGAGUACAGCGAUAUAGUUGAUCACUCAGCUCUGCAAGAAGCUCUUGACUUUGAAAUUUUCAAACUGCAGGACUCAAAAGUUGAAAUGGAAGCAAUUAGUAUUAAUCAUUGGUAACAAUAUCAGAUUAGAUUCAGAUAAACUGAGCUCUUGCAUACCGCGUACCAAGAUUACAGCAGGCAACAAAACAAUUGUUUAUUGAUGUAGUUGGCGAAACAAUUCUAGUAAUUGUAGUCAAGGAUUCAGGUUGUCCAAAAAGAAGAGGGUUUUUGACCCGUCAAACCAAGAACCAAACCACUUUUUCAUUUAAAAAUGCUAUAGAAAUUACGUUAAAAAUUCAUUUUAUAAUGGUGAAAUACGGCAUUGAAAUAUUUGCGAGAGUCAAACCAGGAAAAGGUCGGUUAGGGGAAUAUGAUUGCGAACAUGAAGACGAUGGCUAUUCCUACGUAUCUCUUAACAUCCCAAAAGAUCUUGCUCGCGAUUUUAUCAACAAUAAAAAAGAGACGUAUAAGUUCAGGUUUAACAAAGCAUUUGAUAAAGAAGUAAAGCAAGAUGAAAUAUUUGAGCAUGUUGCGAAAGGAGUCAUUGAUAAUGUUCUGUGUGGAUACAAUGGCACUAUAUUUGCAUAUGGACAGACAGGUUCUGGUAAAACAUUUACAAUCACUGGUGGAGCAGAGAGAUAUGCUGACAGGGGCAUCAUACCACGGACAUUGUCUUACAUGUUUGAGUGUUUCAAAAGGAACCCUGAAUAUGUUUACACAUCACAUGUUUCAUAUCUUGAAGUUUAUAAUGAGAAUGGAUAUGAUCUUUUGGAUCCCAAACAUGAAGCAUCAAAACUGGAGGAUUUACCAAAAAUUACCUUAAUGGAGGAUGGUGAUGGUAGUAUAUCCUUAAAAAAUCUCUCUUUACAUCCGGCAAACAAUGAAGAAGAAGCUCUUAACUUGUUGUUUCUUGGAGACACCAACAGGAUGAUUGCUGAGACACCAAUGAAUCAGGCUUCGACGCGCUCUCAUUGUAUUUUCACAAUUCAUAUUUCUUCACGAGAACCAGGCUUGGCAAAGAUUAAACAUGCUAAACUACAUCUUGUCGAUCUUGCUGGAUCGGAAAGGAUUCAUAAGACGGGAGUUGAUGGAACCAUAUUGACUGAAGCAAAAUACAUCAAUUUAUCUCUGCAUUAUCUUGAGCAGGUCAUUGUGGCUUUAUCGGAGAAAUCCAGGAGUCACAUACCUUAUCGUAACUCCCUCCUCACGUCCGUCCUCAGGGAUAGUUUGGGUGGCAACUGUAGAACAACGAUGAUUGCGACUCUUUCGGUUGAUCGACGCAAUAUUGACGAGACCAUCUCAACCUGUAGAUUUGCGCAAAGAGUCGCUAUGAUUAAGAAUGACGCAGUGCUUAAUGAGGAGAUUGAUCCCAAACUGAUGAUAGCUAAAUUAAAGGAGGAAAUACAGCAGUUGAAGGACGAGCUCUCGCUAUCAACUGGAAUGGAAUAUAAAGACGAACUGACGAUUGAUGAUAUUGAGAGGUUAAAAUGCAUGAUUAAAACUUUCAUUGAAGAUACAGAUCCCGAAGCACCUUUAUCAGUCGGUGGAGACAUGAGAAAGAUCAACUUAUCUUUUAAACUACUCAAGGAUCAUGUUUUGAAAGCAAAAUCUGCCAAUCAUCGUUCUACUUCUCGAUCAAGUCAGUCGCUGCAAGAUAAUUCGUAUCUUAGCGAUAAAAAUGAAACGAAAAAACUCAAAGAAUUGAUAGAACAACGUGACAACGAAAUCAAUAUCUUGGUGAAUAUGUUGAAAAGAGAACGAGAGCGUACACAAGGAAAAAGUCAAUUUUCAAACAGCGAGAUCUCAAAAAAUAGUAGAGAGAGUCUUGAAAGUACAACAUCAUCGCGGUUGUCUUCAGUCAAACGAGACGUCUCCUUUUCACAAUCAGGUGAUAGAGAGGAGAGACAACAACAACCUGUUGCAACUAGAGAAGAAGCAAAUGAUGACGUUCAUAGAAUAUCACAGACUCAACACAUGAAAGAUGGCUUGUCGCAAGAAAGGCGAGAAGCAUUUGAAGUAUUUCGCCGAGAUUAUCCACAUAAUUCAACCAUAGAAGAAAGUAAACGGAUACUUAAAAAACGAUACGGCGAGGCAAAAUCCCUUGGAGAACAAGUGAACUGCUCCAGAAAGAAAAUCAAUUCACUCAAGACGAAAAUAGAACAGCAUAGGAUACGACAAUCUAUGCAAGUAUCAGAUCACGAAGACGGUGAAGAAGAAAGAUUACGCAAUGGUAUCGAGGAGGAAAAGUCCUGUUACAAGGAAUCAUUUACUCGACUUCGUUCUCUCAAGACAGAAAUUGAACAUCUUCAGCAUUUGCUCGAGAAAUCUAAGGUCCAGAUGCAGAAGGAUUUUGAACUUUGGUGGAACUCACAGUCUGCUCAGCAAAACGAGUCUAAAGUAAACGACCGCCCUCAUUCUUUGGCCAAUCUUCCGGAUAACCAGAACCUAGCACGAUCAAAUGACUUGAGGUCAUCAAGGUCAAACAAUGACAGCAAACAGACAUCACUUAAGUCUUUCAAGGGGGCGGAUCAUAUUUGGAGAAAUCCCUCUGAAAUUGAGAGAAAGGACCAAAGACACGGUUCAACAAAGAAAAAGGACGUCGGAGGUGUUUAUGAAGACGCAAAGAGAACAAAUGUUUUUAGUGGUAAAACGACGUUUAAUUUGACUGGUGAUGACCGAGUUGACCAAGAUAUUAUGGCGUUUAUCAAAGCACGACAAUCGUUACUGGAUCAUCGAGUUUUCAAGUAAAAUCUCUGACGUCAAAGUCAAUAAAGUAUCGAUGCUUUGUUUUGACUACAUUCUACAUUCCGAAAUACGCGUGAAUGGAGAAGUUUCAUAGCAGAAAUUUAUUGCUCAUUCGUAAUUGUCACUGUUAUGACAAUCGCUCCUUGGGUAUUGGAUUACAUCUGUAAUGUUGCCUUGAUGAUGCGCAAAAUGAUGGUGUCAUGUGGUGGUUUUUUGAAAAAAAUUACCUUGCUUCUUGUCAUUUCCUUAAUGUUAAUACGACUACGCGAGACUUUUUUGUCGUUCGACGUGCGUGCAUUACAUUCGCUUCUUAGCGACUCGAAAAUUUCAGACUAUAACGGUUAUUUUAAAGGAUUUUUCAAUCUAGGUGAAGUUUAUUAUAAUAUAACAAACAUUACAUUGAGGCAGUUCAAUAUUCCACAUUCGAACGUGGAUUUGUCGAAUCUAUGGUCAGAGUCGCAGAAUGGUAUAUUUGUCAGAAUUUCAUUCAACAACAGCGAAGCUAAGCUCACUGCUCGUUGGUCAUAUAACGCGUGGCCUUCAUUCAUCGAUAAUGGUACUUUGACGUUGGAAAUGCAUAAUGUGUUCGUCGAAUCUCCUGCGCGUUUAUACAUUGACAUUGAAGGAUUUGUUAACAUCACAAGUCAAUGCAAGGCGACUAUACAAAACAUCGACUUGCAGUUUUAUCACGGACCAAACUUCAUGUUUGAGUCUAUCAAACCUCAUUUGAAGAAUAAAGCCGAGCGAUCACUGCCACGAACGUUGUGUUGGGCCGUGCAGAAAAGAAUGCUGGGAAAUCUGACUUCGCGUAUUCGAGGUAUCCAAGAAAAAUUUGUCAACCUCUUUUUCUCGGGCGAUGUUAAGGGUCAUGAAAACAUGAAUGCCACUCUAGGCUGGAUUCUUGUUUCUGGUCUACUUUUUACCAUAAAACUUUUGCAUAACUUUGGCCCAACUUUACUGCUGGCAUUUACACUUCUACUUAUGUAUCUCGUCUUCGAGUUUUUAAAAUUUGUAUCAAGCAAAGCAAGGGAUAGAUGUUUUCCAAAACAAUUGCACCCAAUCAGAGACACCUACGAUGAAGAUAUACAGAUUUUAACUCACGUUUCUGUGACUGUUGUAUCAGAGACAAUGCAGCCGAGAAGCGUGUGUCUGGCAAACGUGAAAAAGAUUUUAUGGUGGAAAAAAACAAAAAAAAAUUGAUUGUAUACAACGCGUCAUGCAAAUAACUGGAAAGAUAAUAAAUAUUUUAUUUUUGUUUGUUUUA